GUGACUCGGCAUGUGACAAAAGAUGAUAGUGUACAAACAGCUCUAAGAGGGAAUAUCCGUCCAUUGAUAGAUUCUUCUGCGUUAGCGCUCAUUCCCAAUUUCAGUUGCCUUCAUAACCUAAAAGUUGUACAUUUUUCAAAAUUUUAUAUUUCUGUGAUAUUUUUAGAAAACAAAACUUAAAAUGUGAAAGUUUUAAGACUUUCCUUAUUGUUUUUGUUUAGUAUUUUUAUCUCCAUUCACCAACUUCAGCUCACCACCGGGCACCGGCUUACAACUUUAUUCAACUAGGAUGAAAAGGAAAGAUCAGAAGAGACUUUAUGACUUCACAGAACAUUUAUCAAAGAUUAAAUUAACUUAAGUGAGAAAUUAAAAUCUAGGACAAAAAAAAAGUAACCAACAUUUCUUGUUAGUAGACUUAAUUGUGCAUUAUUAUGAUGAAGUUGUGUUAUACAACUUCACUAAAAUGACGUUUACGCAAAAAAAAAAAAAACUUAUUCCGUAAUUAGUGCUUACUUUUGGUGUUGUGAAAUUGCUAAAUUCAGGCCACCACCAAAAUAUUAGUAAUGGUUCUUGUGAGCGAAGAAAAAGAACAUGACUAUUGUCUGAUUCAACCCUUUUCUAAACAUUUCUUCUUCCACAAGAAACAACAACCUAACUAUAUAUUCUGUUAUGUUUUAUUGUUACUCUCUCAUUACAUUUUCUGGGAUCAAAUAUGGCUUAUAUUGAUGGACAGGUCGGAUAUAGCGAGGAAUUUAUCAAGAAUUCAAGGGGAAUGCAACUCCUAACUUGCAAAUGGUUUCCAGUAAAUCAAGAACCAAGAGCUCUCAUUUUCUUUUGUCAUGGCUACGCAAUUGAUUGCAGCACCACCUUUAAAGAUGUUGCAUCUAAGUUUGCAAAAGAAGGAUUUGGUAUGUAUGGAAUUGAAUAUGAAGGGCAUGGAAGAUCAGGUGGCCUCAAUGUCUACAUUGAUGACUUCGAUCUUCUCAUCAAUGAUGUCUAUUCACAUUUCUCCAAAAUAUCUGAAAUGGGAGAGAACCCAAAGAAGAAGAAAUUUUUGAUGGGAGAAUCAAUGGGUGGAGCAGUAGUUCUUCUCUUGCACCGCAAGAAACCAGAGUUUUUGGAUGGAGCUAUCCUUAUUGCUCCUAUGUGUAAGGUGAACAGAUUCACACAUAUCAUUACUUCAUCAAUCAUCUCUUAUAAAUCAAGAAUCAUAAACAUAUCCAAUUACGAUUGUGAUGAAAGACAGAUUGCUGAAGAGAUGAAACCACCAAAAACAGUUAUAUCUAUGAUGAACUUGGUCAUACAUCUGAUCCCAUCAUGGAAGUCGAUACUUCCAGGGCCUGAUAUCAUUAACCUCGCUAUUAAACAGCCUCAUAAGAGACAAGAGAUUAAAGAUAAUCCAAAUUGCUAUAUUGGGAGGCCUCGUAUGAAGACGAUGAGCGAGCUUUUUAGAGUAAGCCUUGACCUAGAGAAUCGGUUGCACGAGGUGACAAUGCCAUUCAUAGUAUUGCAUGGAGAAGAUGAUAAAGUUACGGAUAAAGAAGCUAGCAAACUGCUUUAUGAGGUGGCUUCCUCCAAUGAUAAGACUCUGAAGCUGUAUCCUGAAAUGUGGCAUAGCCUUCUUUUCGGGGAGCCUUUGGAGAAGUCAGAGCUUGUAUUCAAUGACAUUGUCCAAUGGAUGGAGACCAGAAUCAAUACUCUUCAAGUGAAUGCUAAUAACAACCAUGAAGCAAAAUCUCAAAUCUGAUUUUACUCAUAUUCGGUUUAGACUAUAUCUGAUAACUAAAUUUUAUUUGCUUUUAAAAACUUUUUCUUUUCAAGGUUUCUGUAAAAGAGAAAAAAUGGGAUGACAUGAGAGAUUGAUGGUAUACUUUUCAACUUUAAAUUAUUAUUUUUAUCACAAAUUAUGACAAUAUUAUAUAAAUAAUUUUAUAACGAUAGUUCUAUUAUAAAAUAUGAAGUCUGACGAUCCUAAUUGUAUUCUCAUUUGCAUUACGUCGAAAAUUUCUUGUAAACUUUAUUUUCAAUUUGAUAUAACUGUUUGUAAAUUGUUUUCAGAUUUGAAAUUCAAAAUAUUUAAUGUAAAAAAUAUUAAUGAACUUUCAGUCAAACUAACCAAUUCUGACAAAUUAAGAAUUGAUUAAUCCAUUUUAAAUAUAUUGUUGACAUAUUUUAUUUACCUUUACACCAUGCAGUAUGUAGCUUUUGCCAAUGUCUAGAAAUGCAGAAAAUGAUUACAAAAAUUAUAAGUAGGGUAAGAAGAGAAAAGGUUAAUGAAGAAGUUAUUUGAGCAUAAAAAGUUUUAGCGUUGUUUUUUUUCACUUACCUGGACUUCAAGCUUUAUCUUCCAAGUUCAGUAUCAAUUCAUAGCAUAUUGAUGUUCUUCUUUUUUUCAUUUCAUUAAAAGAAGGAAAUUCUUUUGAAGACUGAUAGGCUACUGUUUGACCUGAAACAAUUUGAAUUUGGAUAUAGAACUGUAAAUGAUUUUGUCAUUAGAAGUUGAAAUUUUAGAGAGAAUCAAUGGAGUCAUUGCAAAGAAUUUAAGAAUUUACUAUUUCUGAAUGCAAGUAGAUAUGGAACUAAUAUAUGGCAUUAUCUAGAAAAGAUUAGCGCUUUCUAAAUAAUGGGAUUAUGGGAGCCGUGUGAAAUUAUCGGAAACUUUUAUUUUAUAUAUAAAAUAAUUAAAAAAAUUAGUUAAUAGACUAAACAGAUUUUUUUGCGUUUAAAAUU